CUCUCCUGGUAGCAGCUCGAAUGCAUAAGUUUCGUCGUACGGUGAAGGAUGUGAUCAGUGUGGUGAAGGUCUGCCAGACUACUCUGAGGAAGAGAUUAACAGAGUUUGAGGACACGCCCACCAGUCAGCUGACCAUUGAUGAGUUCAUGAAAGUAGAUCUGGAGCAAGAAUGUGAUCCACCCUCCUUUAUCGCCGCACAGCACAAAGCCAAGAUGCAGCAGCUGGAACAGGAGCUGGCCAGGAAGCUGGAUGACGUCGAAGGAGAGAUCAGCUGCUACAAAGAUGAGAUUGAGACCGAGCUGGAAAAGAGUCGACCCAAACUGAGAGGAAUCUACGCUGCCUACGCCAAAGAGAUCGACCCAGAGGAAGCAGAGGUUUUGUCCUCAACCUCUGACCCCGAGGAGCCGGAGGUCGAAGAUGACGAACUCCAAGCCGCCACCCAACACCUGACCCAGGACUUCCUGUGCCAGGUGAUCCAGGAGGAGGAGGGACGGGGCAAGAAGACAGAUGACAAUGAGGUGGAGGCGGGGCCAGAUAUGGAGGGGGCGGGGUCUCAGCGGCAGGCUGCCCCUCUAGCAGCCAUCCUGGGAAAAUUGCCAAGCGCCGCUAGCUUGGGCCUUCAACAGACACUGGACGAGUCGGAGACGGGCGAGAAACCAGAUGACGAGCAGUCGGAGGGUGGAGAGCUGGACCUGGAUGGUAUCGAUGAUCAGGAGAUUGAUAAGUACAUCCUGAAUGAGAAGGAGGUUCAGGUGAAGACGGAGCUGUGGAUGAAACAAAACGCAGAUUACCUGAAGGAGCAGAAAGGUGAGAGACUCUUCGCCAUCAAUUAAUAAAUCAUCACUCAA